AUGGCAAACGAAAAAUUUAAUAAACUUAAUUUAACAUUGGAUAACUCCGAUCCUGAGAGAACUUUAAUUAACUACACAUCACGAUUAACAUAUGAAAAGGGAAUAGCGCGUGCUAAAAUAGUUUUCGUUUUGAGAGCAUCUCUUGAUUCAUCCAAAGGGGAAAAGCUUUUUAAAUGUGGAAGGGAGUUGAGCAAAACAAACAUUGAUGUCUGCAAGAUGGCGAAAAUGCAAUCAUCAACCUUUGCGAAGCUUCUGAUGGAAAACUUUGCUCCGUCAGCUAACUUUCAGAUUAGUUGUCCUCUGACGCCUAGAACUUACACUUUGACAAACUUUACGUGA